CGCGCCAGUUUAGCUCGGAGUGUCGUGGAGAGAGGUAGUGCGUGCGAGAGGUGGUGCAGCGCCCUGUGGCUCGCUCUUGGGACUUACGCAUUGGUGUUCCGUGUGAGAGUGAUUUCGUUUUUUUUUUUUAUAUAUAAUUUGUCUUUUUAAUUCUUGGUGUCGUGGGAAUUCCGUUUGGAUUUUUUUUUUGUAUUUAUUUAUGAAUUGCUGUGUGAGAAGAUCAUGCCCUUUUCGGAUACGACGAGUGCCCCGUGAAGAAUAAAGAGGAAUGAGCUAGAGAAUAACCUCGCGCCAGGAAUGACCGUCUCAGAGUAGGAGGAAACGGACCGCCCAACCAGGUUGGGUCCGAUGUUGUGAUGACUGAUCAGGGGUGCGUCACGCUGCCCCGCGGACACCACCAUCUUCACCACCACUGCAGCACCAUCACCGCCGCCAAUGGACUUCAUAACGGACACCUUCACAAUGGACACCCUCCUUCCUGCACCCAGCUCUCCCCACCCAAGUGUCCUCAGGUUAAUGGGACGCUUAGUAAUGGGUGUGCGGGCGGGAAUGGGUCUCCAGGAGGCCGGUCCAUCCACGACGGCUUCGCGACGAUCCGAACGGGCGCCGGCAAGAGGGGGCGGGCGCGCAGCUCCCCCUCGGUCGUGAACGAACUGCGCAGCAACGCCCCCUGCCACCACGGCUGCUGCAACACCACCCUGGGACGCACGUGGGGAAUGGAGCCCCUGUGGGAGGAAAAGGGGAACGUGGAACAGCAGGGGGCGCAGCCGGUGGCCAAGAGAGACCGAGCGCAGCUGCCCUGGUGGGAGGUGGCCACGAGGCGGUCCAAGUACAGGUCGUGCCCCGCGUUCUCUCAGGCAAACGUGGUUAAUGCGUUAGAACAAACCAUGAGCAACGUGACAGACAAAUUGGAGAAGCUUGCGUCAUCGCCAGAUCUGAAGGACACAGAAGCCGCAGAAUUGAGGAAAACAGCUGCUGUUUUGCGACAACAAAGUUCCGCUGUGUGUCAGUCUGUCAGCUCAGGUAAGCAAAGCUACUUCAGCAUGGAGCGCCAACUCUCGUGCGACAGCGUUUCGAGUGUCACUUCAACCAUCAGCGCUGCUUCGAUGUCGUCCUUCGCCUCGUUCAACUCGAGGAAGCUGAGUGCGGGGCAGAUGCAGCACUUCCCCCACAGCCUCACGCACCCGCACCCUCAGGGGGAGAGCCUCAACCCGCAGGAGCAGUCGAAGCUCAAGAAGAGGAGUUGGCUCAGAAGCUCCUUCCGGCGAGCCUUCGGGAGACACGGCAGGAAGCGCAGCAAGCAAGGGGGAGAGGGGACCUCGGAGGACUGCCCUCAGGAACUGCCGAUGCACCACACAGUCAACUCAGCCGUCCGACAGCUGCCUCCGCCGCCGCCGCCACCUUCCUCCACCCAGUCGGCCUUGGUGCAGUCGCAGCCGAAGCUUCUGAAACAACAGAAGGGGAAUGUCCAUGUAGCUACCACUGAAUCCGAGAGCGUGGCCCAACUACGCCAGGAGGUCGCCGAAAAGGAACGCGCCUUGACCGACUGCCGACUGGAGGUGCUUUCGGCCCAACACCAGCUGCAAGCACAAGCAGACACCAUUACCCGACUUCAGGGCGAGGUGACGACCCUGCAGGAGGAGAACAACCGCCUAACAGCUCUUGUGAGGCAGCAGUACGGGCCGGCAGCUGACGCCUUACUGACCCCGCUCUCGCACACGCUCACUGGACUCACGCUCACCCGGAACACGAUUCGAAAUUCGAUCACUGGAGGGAACAUCUCCCCGCGCGAGGAGGGUCGGCGGGUGAAGGUGAUGGUGGUCGGGAAGUCGGAGCUGGCCACGGCUCUGGAAGCCGGCCGCGCCUCCGUCAGCGCCGGCCACCUCACGCACAUUGGGAACGUGACGAUCGAGGCCAAGACGUCGUGGGAGGAGCUGGACGCCAUGAUUGCCAAUACGCUGAAGGAUUAUGGGAAUCGCAUUGAUCCAGUCUCAGCCUUGGGACUCGACGGGGAUUCGAUCCUCUGUUACCGCAUAGACGACAUAAUCGGUGCCCCCAACUUGUCGCGUCCGGAGCUCUUGCCUUAUGGGUACUGCGUGGGCGACGUGGAUUCCCUCCACAUUUGGCUCAAGGGAGGGAACCAGAGACAGGACGGAGAAGCUGUCGGCAACGUUUCAGCUUCGUCCUUCAUCAACGUCACCCCCGCUACCUCGCUCAAACGUUUGGCCAAUCUGCUGGUGGAGCACAGGCGUCUUGUGCUGGCUGGUCCCCCCUCCUGCGGGAAGACGUUCCUGGCUAACGCCCUGGCCGAGUUCUUCAUCACGAAUUCCGGGAGAGAGCUCACCGAGGAUGCCAUUAAAACGUUUACAGUCACAGGCAGCAACUCCCUCGAAAUGUGCCAGAUGCUGUCGAGCUUGUGGCCCCGCGGGCUCUCCUCCACUGGCCGCUGCUCCAAUAGUCUCUCCAACACCACCAACACCAGUGCUGUCUCUUCCUCCAACACGUCAAGCACCUCCAGCCACCACGAGUCUAGUCCAGCGCUUCCGGCAGUUAUUAUCAUCGACGACAUCCAUGCGGCAGGCGGCGUCGUCGAGACCCUGCAGCGGUGCCUGCCUGCGUCCAUCCACUCGGGUCCCGCUAUCAUUGCGACGAGUUGCCCCACGGCGGCGCUGGCAACUCGCCUCCACAUCCACUGCAAUUUUAGAUGGGCUACUUUGAGUACCCAGCAGGAGCCAGUCAGAGGCCUGCUCGGUCGUGUACUUCGCCGGCGUGUUGUGGCAGCCGAGGUCGCCGCCAACACGAGGCUCCCCGAUGCACACCACCUGGCCGAGUGGCUGACGCGCUUGUGGCUCCACCUGAACACACUCCUGUCUGGUCACUGUGGCUCGCAUGAGGUUGCCGUUGGGCCAGGGUUGUUGAUUGACUGUCCCAUGGGCCAGGAGGAGACGCAGGUGUGGUUCACCGAGAUAUGGAACACGCGUUUGGUUCCUCAUAUCAUAGCGACGGUGAAGGCCUCGUCUACUUCGAGCACAGGAUUGCUGGAUACGUGGACAGAUCCUUUGGACUGGGUGCUUGCUACGUAUCCUUGGCAUGGAAAUGCUGCUUGUGGGCCUGACCAGCUUACGAGGAUUCCAGUAAGUGAUGUUAGUCAACAGAGCGGAAACACUUCAAGCUCAAGGUUGUCACCACUCCGAGCUCAUGUGCCACUUAGCAUCCAUCAGCAGAUUUCAAAGAGUGAGUCCGUGUAUGCUACACCCCAGCUAUCAGGAAGAGGACCUCUGAUACAAGGAAGUGCCCUUGGUACUGGGCAGACAGGACUUGUCUCCAGCAGGAGCAGCAGCACCAGCAGCUUUGCAGUAAGAAAUCAUGUGACUGUGCAAGCAGACAGCAACAAAGGCACUGCCUAUUGCUCUGAGAGUGGAGUCAAUAGUCUGGUUUCUUCUAGUCGAAAAAGAAGCGAUAGCAACACUAGUGUGUCCAAAAUGGAAGUGACUGAAAAGAGAGACAGUUCUGUAGAUGGUGUGCCCCCUUUACCAUUGAGGAGGUAUGACUCGAACAACCAAGGGAAAAGCCUGUAUUCAUCCCUCUCGCGACCCAAGGUUAACAUGCAAGAGAACAGAAAUAGCUGUGAGUUGAUGAAUGGGGUGGAAGUCAAUUCUAUGGCUGAUGAAACCAGUGAUGAGGCUAUGGAGAGUGACAGUAACAGUACCGGCAGUGUAAAAGAUGCUGAGAUUUUCAAGUCAACCCGGCCAGUAGAACCAAUAUAUCAUAGUAUUGGGAUGAAGGACAAAAACAUCAUGGAUGCUGACGGGAAACUUUCGACGUUCAACAAAAAACCUCAGCCUCUGGAUGUUCUUGCCAAGAAUGCAAUCAAUGCUUGUGGUCUUUCACCAGAUUGUGUGAAAAUCAUACAUGGAUCCAAAAGGGAUUUGAAAGAUAUCUCCAAAGAAUUAACCACAACAUUUAAGCCAGUUGAAACAGCUAUGUAGGGUAUUUUGACUGUUGUAAAAAUUUAAUAUAUUACCAUGUUUUGGUGUCUCUUCCCUUCUUAUGGUAAUGGAUAAAAGUAGUAGUCCCAUAAAAGAAAAAGAAAAAAAAAAAAUGUAUCUAAUACAGAGUAGCAUGAUAUAGAAGAAUGAGAAUCCCUUGUCAUAUCUUUUUACUUUAAUAGUUAUUCCUUAAGUAACAACUAUUUAUAUAUAAAUACUUUUUCAUACACUCCACAUACGGCUAUACACAGUAUAUACAAAAUGUUCUUUCUACCUUGACCUGUGAUUGUGUUUCAGAAAAAAAAGUAUUAUCUCAAUCUUCACAUAUUCAUAUAGGUAUUAAGAAAAUAUUUUAGGUAGGAAAAAAGGAAAAAAAAAAAAAAUAAAAAAAGAGGUAGCUUUUAUGUAUAUAACUGACAAAGGUUUAAAGGGCCUAGGUAAUACCGGUACUUAUAUUCUGAGCCAUUCUUUUAUAUUCGAAAUCACUGCAUAAAAAACUUUUGAUCAGUGACAAAGAAAGGAAUAUUUUUUUUGAAAACUUUACUUAAAAGUAAUAUAUUGCUGAAGAUAAAUAUUGGAUGACAUAGGAGGCCUUACUUUGUGCCUUAUACAAUUAUUUAAAGUUAAGCUAACUAAAAUAAUCCAGUUACAUAAAUAGGCAGUUAUAGAAUAGCUUCUGACUUUGCUAAUUCAAUUAUAUCAGUACAAUUAAUUAAUUGUGCACAGAUACAGAUAGAACCAAGUUAGGGCUUUCAUGUCAAGAAAAUAUGUCUAUAUUCAUUUCAUAAAUGAAUGUAACAUGUCAUGAGCAAAGAUCAGAAACCAUUACUUUGUAUAAUUACAAAGAUAAAAGUAAAUUGCAUGAUUUUAGAUGUAAAGGAGUGUUUGUUCAUGCUUUGAUGAACUCUGGGGCAACAAGUGUAUUAUAUUUCACGUUACCAAAAUUUAAACUAAAUACAUGUAAAACAAAUGAACAAGCAAAAAUAAAAAAUUUAAACAAAUUAAAGAAAAACAUACCACAAGAUCUUUGCAUCACAGAUGAAACCAUAGAGAAUUACUGGUACUUGCACUUUUUUUUGGUAAUUUGAAUCCAUCCAUUAUUUUUUGGCUGAAUUUUAUCAGUAUCAUGAUAAAAUUUAACUCAGAAAGGUAAUGUUAUGAACCUAUUUUCAGGUUCCCAAGUGAAUGGAAAUCGGAAUAAAGUAUCUCACUAUUACUUCUGAGAUGGAAGUAAUUAUACUGAGAUUGUACAAAAAAUUAAAUAUUCUCAGGUGUGUUAUGCAAAGAUCAACACUACAAUAGUGUUUAUUUAAACACAGGAAGAUAAGACAGUUAUAUUGUAUAAAGUUGUAUUUCUCUUAUACAUAUCCAAAGAACCCUUUAUAAUAAAUAAUAAAGUUUAUUUAAUAAA